AUGACGGCGGUGACAACCAUCCCGAGCACCUUGCGGGCGCUGCCCCUGUGUUGUCCCUCGUCCUCAGAUAUUGAGAAGCGGAGAGACGGAGCCACUGGCCCAGCAAAGGUGGCGUGCAUCCAGGGCUCUGCACCUGAGCCGCUGGCCUGGAUUUCUGGGGAGUCAGAAGAAAGGCUGGUGGUUCCAGAUGGACAGACCCAGACAGCACUCACUGAUCAUCAGAGAACACAUACAGGAGAGAAGUCACAUGAAUGUCCACAAUGUAGAAAUGCCUUCAGAUUGAAGUCACACCUCAUUUGUCAUCAGAGAACUCACACAGGAGAGAAACCGUAUAAGUGUAACGACUGUGGAACAUCCUUCUGCCAGAAGGUACUCUCUCUACAUCAGAGAAUUCAUACAGGGGAGAAACCUUAUAUUUGUAAAGAAUGUGGAAAGUCCUUUCACCAGAAGGCAAACCUUACUGUACAUCAGAGAACUCAUACAGGGGAGAAGCCCUAUAUUUGUAAUGAAUGUGGUAAAUCCUUCUCCCAGAAGACUACCCUUGCUCUUCACGAGAAAACUCACAAUGAGGAGAAACCUUAUAUUUGUAAUGAAUGUGGAAAGUCUUUCCGCCAGAAGACAACCCUUGUAGCGCAUCAAAGAACACAUACAGGGGAGAAAUCUUAUGAAUGUCCUCACUGUGGGAAAGCUUUUAGAAUGAAAUCAUACCUCAUUGAUCAUCACACAACUCACACAGGAGAAAAACCAUAUGAAUGUAAUGAAUGUGGGAAAUCAUUUAGUCAGAAGACAAAUCUCAAUCUACACCAGAGAAUUCAUACAGGAAAUAAACCCUAUAUCUGUAAUGAAUGUGGGAAGUCCUUUCGCCAGAAAGCAACUCUGACUGUACAUCAGAGAAUACACACAGGUCAGAAAUCCUAUGAAUGUCCUCAAUGCAGGAAAGCCUUUAGCAGGAAGUCUUAUCUCAUUCAUCAUCAAAGAACUCACAUGGGAGAAAAACCAUAUAAAUGUAAUGAAUGUGGAAAGUACUUCCGCCAGAAGACAAAUCUUACUGUACAUCAAAGAACUCACACAGGGGAGAAACCUUAUAUUUGUAAUGAGUGUGGUAAGUCCUUCAGUUACAGGAGAAGCCUCAUUGUCCAUCAGAGAACGCAUAAGGGAGAAAACAUGGAAAUGCAAUAA